UGAAAAAAUGUUGACUGCAGUCGCAGCUUGUUAGUCGUUGCAUCACAACGCGUUGGAUUCUAAACUUUCGAAUUUCACAAGUAUCUUUAAUUUUGCUCUCGCUCUCUUUAUAAUGGACCCAAUCGAAAUUACUCCCAUUUCCACUUUGGAGCUAACAACUUGCCACAGAUCAUUCAUCAGAGCACGCGUUACGUGGAAGACAGAGAUAACCGAAUGGACUCGUAAUAUCAAUGAAGGGACUACCCUCCUUAUAAAUUUGUUGGAUGGUAGCGGAGAAAUUACUGUCGCAUUAUUUGACAGUCAGUGCGAUACGUUCUUCCCCAAAAUUGAAGAAGGCAGCGUAUAACUUCUUAAUUUUGAAGUGAAGGAGGCGGAUACGGACAUCAAAAUUUUGCCGAACCCGCUUCAAAUAUUUUUCAUUGACGAAACAGUUGUACAACAGAGCAUCGAGAAUACCCAGAUUCCCAUAAUAAGGAAUACCUUUUUGCCGCUUUCUAAGGUUUGAAAUUCCGAAAGGGAGCCAGUCGACGUAGUUGGCAUAUGCACCGAGGUGCGCGACGUGGAUGAAAGAGGAGGACACCUUAUUCGAGAAAUCUUACUCGUGGACGCAGAACUACAACCAGUCAUGUUGAAUCUCUGGGAAAAGGCGGCUAGAGACUUUCCGGGUCAAGUUAAUGAUGUUCUUGUUGUGAAAGGGGCGCGUGCCCAGUUUCACAAUAACGAAAUAAAACUUAACGCUAGCUGGUACACCAAUGUGCAGAUCAAUCCUGACAUUCCAGAGGCCAUUUCGCUGCGGGACUGGUACGAAAAUCAAUAGCUAAUGUAAAAAUCUGUUUGAUAUGUUUAUUGUUUAUACAAGAGCAAUAAAAAAUACAUGCUGAAUAU